UGCACACUUGCUGCUCAUCAGCGACAGGUUCUCAGUGUUUUAUUGAGUACUCCAGAAAGAGCACUAAAGAAAAGAAAAGAAAAAACAACCACCACUACGAAUGUAUGACACUGGAGCGACGAUGUGUGUGUGUGAAAGUAGUCAGUCCCCUGAGGAAGGGUAUUAGUGAAACCAGGGCAUCGUCUCUCUCACACACACUUUCAUUCACUCCCCUGGAUGCCACGAUGAACUCAGAGACUCAGUAUGAGGACUCGGUGUCUAUUAUGGUGCUGGAGAACAUUAAAAACAGGCUUCGCCAUGCCUUCAGGACGACGGCCGAGCCGCGAGCGUCUGCCGAGGACGACGAUGAAGCCAUGAGUGCCGGCAGGAGUUUCCAAGCUAAUGAGGAACUACGCAGAGCCAAGAUCGACGGGGCAAUCACCUGGUUACGGUCCGAACUGCUGGAGAUGCGCUCGCAGGACCGGCAGCUGGCUCAGACCCUGCUCGGACUUAACAAUGAAAUCCAGAGACUGAGGCGGGAAAGUGGUCCUCUCUUAUUAGACUCCAAUCACACGGAAAAGCACUGAGAUCAGCACGAAUAACACGAAACCAUCUGUUACUUAUGAGGUCUCGGCCUGGAGAUGGGAGAAGUUACUGCUCAAGAUGUGCAUUUACCUUAAAUAUGAUGUUCACUUUGUGAGUGUGUGAGUGUGUGUGUGUGUGUGUGUGUGUGUGUGUACUGUUAUACAUGUUAGCAGGUAGUAUGCAGGACAAUAGUUUUAGAUAUUAUAUCCAGAGAAUAUCUUUGAAAUCUUUAUUGUUGAAUAAAACAAAUGAUCCCCAAAAAAAUAAAUAAAUAAAAGAGAUUUGAUCACAUGACACGUCCUUAAUGAAUGCUUUCGUCAAAAUACAUAUUCACACAAACAAAAAAUACAAUAUCAUUGAUUUUAAAAACUCACUAUGAUUAUCAUAACUCUAUAGAUGUACAUUCUUUGUUCUUUUUCUUCUAUGUUGUUUUAUAAGUUUGUUCUUGUCUUGCAUGCUUAUGCAGUUUUAUUCACAUAAAAUUUCAAGCACACAGUGAUGUGUAGAUUCUUAUAACUUUAUAUCCUGUAUAUAUGUGCAGUGUUUGAGUUCAACUUUCCCAAAGUCACUGAAAGCAGAUUUGUCACCUUUAAAAAAAAAUGUUCAUUUAAUUUUUUAUCACCUUCAGCGGAAAUACAAACCUUGGAAAGUCAGGUUUUAAUUAAAUAUAUCUGAAUUUUAGUAUACAGUAAAAACAUACUUUUGUCAUAAUAACAGAAUAAAGGCUGACAGGUGAAGGCCACCGUGGUUCAGUUUUAUGUGACAUGAAGUUCCACGCCAUGAAGUCAAACUUUUACUGUUAAACAGUAGUGAGUAAAACAUACUGCAUGUGUGUUAAAACACAGGUGCGCGCGCGCACACACACACACACACACACACACACAAACAAACACGUAAUGUUAUGUUUAAACAGUGUAUAUAUUCUAAAACAAAGAAGGAUUCAAAAUUCUAAUUAAUUAAGCAUUUUCACAUAUUUGGGAAACUAACCCCAUUAACUGCUUUAUACAAAACAAAAAAAAAAAUCCAUAA